UAUCACACAGGCCCUGGUAUGGUACUAAGUUCGCGUCCAAGUUCCAACGCGUCUUCAAGUUAGCUUGACAGAGAUGCAACUCAAGAUAAUUUCCAAUUUCUAAUUGUUCAUAUCCGAUUUUGCAAUUCCUAUCAUCCGAUGGAAAUCCUUGUUUCUACAUAAUUGGCGAAUUUCUCCCAAAGAAGCAUUUAUUUCAACAUUACGAUGGAACAGCCUACCUCAGACCAAAGUUCGAGCGCGUCGCCGAUUCGUGAAUGCGAGGCAUCAGGCCCAGUGCCUGAAAUUCAGGCCGCUCUGCUCGAUGCUUACGAUAAUAUCGAGUCUCAUGGGGAAUAUUCUAUCUUUUGGGGGCUGGACCCUAGAACAUUCGUGAACCCCGACAUCAGCGUUCCUGGCGUUGGCCCAAUUACCCUCCCUCUAUGCGAACCUCAAGCAAGACAAUUGAUCGACAAAUCGCGUCUUUCGCCGUUUGGCAAAGGCACGGAAACCGUGGUAGAUACGUCAGUACGGAAUACCUGGGAAAUCGAUGCAUCCCAGUUCGAGAUAAUGAACCCGGAUUGGAACCCCCUCUUCACAGAGAUCGUGGCUAUCGCAGCCGAAGGGCUUGGAGUUUCUGUCCCUAUAGAGGCAGUACCAUACAAAAUGCUGAUCUAUGAGAAGGGAGCCCACUUCAAGGCUCACACCGACACGGAAAAGAUCCCUGGGAUGCUAGGGACUCUUGUGAUCUCCCUUCCUUCCCCGCACAAGGGCGGAGACGUCAUUCUGAAGCAUGGGAACGAGAAGAAGACAUAUUCCUCCUCUAAGCAUCUACAAUCCUUUGCAUGUUGGUAUUCAGAUGCUGAACACGAAGUCUGUGAGGUCACGUCUGGGUACCGAUGGGUGUUAACCUACAACCUUGCUGUCAAAAAUGGACUACACAUUCCUUCCUUGGAGUCACUUGCCCACCCGAAGGAGAUUUUCAAGGGCUUGCUGAGCAAGUGGCAAGAAAAUCUGAUGAAAGGCGAUGAUUCAUUCAAGCAUGCUGUUUUUGCCUUGAGUCACAAAUACUCCCAACAAGGUUUGGAGUACCAGAAACUCAGGCCAAUAGAUCGUCUUCGUGCGCAGUGCCUAUUGGACGCCGGAAACGAGACUGACUUUGAGGUUUUCCUUGCGUCUAUCGAGAAACAUGCCUGGGGUGGAACAGGGGACAAUGACAGUUGGGGGUAUAAGAGGCGCCGUUACUCUGGAUAUGGCUAUGGCUACGACGAGGACGAGGACGAUGAAGAUACGGCCAGUCACCAUAGCAUCGUGGACCUAAUUUCUAGUUAUAUACUCCUCAAGGAUGUCACACUGCUUUCGGGCCAACUUCUGAUGAAAGAAGUGACGAUCCCACAGGACGAUCAGAUCCUUACCAGGAAUGAAGCUUUUGGCGAGAGACCAGACAGUGAGGACUACACCGGGUUCACAGGAAAUGAGGGCGCGCAAGUUACCCAUUUUUAUAGGAACUCGGCACUCGUCGUGGUUCCUCGUUCGCUGGUCCUCUCAUUUGCAGAAAACAUACGAUCUAGCUGGUCAGGUAACAGGCCUGAUUACCCUGCUCUCAUAGAAUAUUACCUCUCGGGUCUCCAGUCGGACAGCGACUCGGUCAAGGAGCGAGCGGUCAAUGUUUGCACGAAUAUUGUCACAACAAUGGCGGCUGCCAACCAGACGAUCCUCGCUCGGCAUUUGGCGCCCCCAAUCGCCGCCGCGUUGCGGAAAGGGGAUAUCCAGACCUUUAAAAAGUUGGUCACCUUCCGAACGAAAAUGUCUUUUGGUAGGCAAUUUCUGCAGAACCUGAAGGAGACUGCAACUGGUAAGGGCAUAAACUUCCAGGACAUUCGUGAUCCUAUGUCCUUACUUGUUCGGAAAUCGCCACAUUUCCAAGAUCGAUACGAAUCGUUGCAGGGUGUUGUUCCAGCAUCAAUAGAUCGAAAUCUCAAAGAUUCGGAUAGGGGUUUUGUAAUGGAGGUAUUUGAACAAUCGAUAAAAGACAUGGAGCACAUCCAGGACGAAUCAGAUCAGCCGCGAGAAGAAGAUGGGGCUGCUUUCGUCGAUUUCGCCAUGGAGUACAAGGGAUGCGAGGAUGUAAACCAAAUCCUGGAGAUCUUGUUCAGCAAGUGUGGGCAGCACGUGCGACUCAUGAUUGGGAUAAUGCAACAAUUAAAGGCUCUAGUCGCGGAUCGUGUGCUGUCCAAAACAGUAUGCGACUCCUUCUGGAACGACGCACUCACCGCGGUGUCGAGAGAUGCUACGGUUCCCUACUACCCCGGUAUUCAUGACGGUGCAAUCCACCGUCGCGCACAUGGGAAACUCGUUUGGAUUUUCAACUAUCUCAUGAAGCGAAAGAGAUACGAAGACAUAUCGAAACUGGUGGACCGUAUUACUAACCAUAUGACUACCGGACCGCACCUUCCACCGAAUGCAUUCGAUGAGAACUAUCUUGUGGUCCUCAAUGAGCUUGCACUCCAACAAUAUCAUAUUCCGUCCGACACGCCAUCCAUCCGGAAACUGUUCCAGGUGGUGCUUACCACCUAUCUUCAAACUGGCGUCGGAACGGAGCCGGAUGGACUUAGGCCACUGACGCGUCCACCCGUAAGGCAUCAGUGUCGUGACUGCAUUGCGCUUUCUUCUUGGCUUCAGAGCAGUACAACAACCACCACGGAGUUCAGCAUCGGUCAAAAGCGCAGACGUCAUCUUCAGAAUCAGAUAGCAGCAUACCGGGAGCUCGAGUGCCAGGCGGAGGACUUUCCAGAUAGUAUCUGUGGGACAUUGGUCGUUACGAAAAAGUUCGAUGGCAUCAAAAAGCGGGAACAGGAAUGGUUGCAACGAUACGAGGCCGCUUUCGAUCGUUUGAAGAGGUUCGGGGAAGCGAGGCUCAAGGAGAUGCUUGGAGACCAAUUCGAAUCCAUCUGGGAGAUGGAGACCAUUCGCACCCCCGGCGGUAUAUUGAAUAAAAGAGUUAGAAAGGCUGUGGCAGACUUUGCGCUGACGCGUGUGUCGGGGAAUUCGGAUGCUCCUCAGGUGCCUCCACAACUCGCUGGCACAAAGCGGAAAGCUGUUCAAAUCAUUGACUUGACAGAGGAUGGAAGUUGAGGCGGAGGGCAUGCUAGCUGAUGGCAGAAUCCGGGUUCUUUUGAGCAUUGGCGGUUUGGAGGUAAACUGGUUCUGGUUGAUAAUAGGAGGUUCUACUUCGGAUGGCGGUUUGGUAGAUCCUAGUACGAUAGAUUAUCCUCA